GAGUCCCGCCCGCCAAUCCAUUCUCUCGGUCCUCGUCUGCUCCGUGAUCGCAACUGCCUCGAUUGGUCGAGCCUGAGCCAGCAUGGCGGCGCCCGUGUAACACUGUCCGUACGCGAAAGAGACAGCGGUCGAGGCUCGAGUCCCAGGGUUGGGAGUCAAAGUCACAAUGCUGAGGACCGCGUGGAGGGCGCUGAGUUCGAUUCGGACUCAGGCAGUGACUCAGGUCCCAGUCUUUGGGCUGCUGGGCAGAGAAAGCGCCAGGCUUCCUUUCAGCCAGUGGGGCCUGCAGCCUCGAAGUCUCCUCCUCCAGGCCAUCCGUGGACACGCCAGUCAGAAACCAGUCCAGCGCAGCCAAGACGAUGACCCAUCCCCUUCUACACUGCUCAAAGACUACCAGAAUGUCCCUGGAAUUGAGAAUGUUGAUGAUGUCGUGAAAAGACUGUUAUCUUUGGAAAUGGCCAACAAGAAGGAGAUGCUAAAAAUCAAGCAAGAACAGUUGAUGAAAAAGGUCGUGGCAAACCCUGAAGACACCAGAUCUCUGGAGGCUCGAAUUGUUGCCUUGACCGUCAGGAUACGCAAUUAUGAAGAACAUAUGCAGAAACAUCGAAAGGACAAAACCCACAAACGCCAUUUGCUGAUGAGCAUCGACCAGAGAAAAAAGAUGCUCAAAAACCUCCGUAAAACCAACUAUGAUGUCUUCGAGAAGACAUGCAGGGAGCUGGGAAUUGAGUACACUUUUCCCCCUCUGUAUUACCGAAGAGCCCAUCGCCGAUACUUGACCAAGAAGGCUCUGUGCAUUCGGGUUUUCCAGGAGGCUCAAAAGCUGAAGAAACAAAAAAGGGCCUUAAAAGCUGCAAAAGCGGCAGCUCAAAAACAAGACAAGAGGAACCUAGAGAGCUCUCCUCUACCCUUCCCAGAGGCACUCAAAGAAAACCAAUAAAUUCUGAGCCAGGUG